GCAGAAUAUAUUAUGACGCAAUAGUAUCCGUGUGUUUUGUCCUGAGAGAUGUAAGGUGGAGGAAGGGUUGUCAGCAGCGCUUGCUUUCACUCAUGUGCAAGCGCAAGCAUCGGCCUUUAGGUUUAUUCAGCAAUAAUGAUGACCGGACGCCCCGUCAGUGUGUGCUGUGUGUUAUCCUCACGUUGUGAAUGUUGUUAUUUGAAUGAAGAUAGUGCAAAUGGUGAGUGUGCAAAGUUAGUGGUCGCAGCCGGUGGCGCCUCUGGUGGCGAGUGGCGGCAGCUCGUCGUGGGUCGGGUCGGGCUAGUCAGUCAGUCAGUCGGUGGGCCGCGUAGCCUUAGGACGCGCGCUCCUCCAGUGUAGUGAUGAUCAUGUCCACUCGCCUCGGGCCUCGGUGACGACGCGUGUGACCAAUACAUUAUUCCGCAUCAAGUGUCAACCAGUACUUCACUCUUAAGUCUUUGUGAUUUUGUUCUACAUUUUUGUAAUGAUGGCAACAAGUUUCUUUUCGUUGGUGAAAGAGGAACCCGAUACAGGACACGAUAUUAUGGAAACUACACCUGUGGCACUGCCACCCACAAGCGUGGGCAUGGGCGGUCAUACAUCCCCGGGGAGCGGUGGCCCACAUGUGGGCGGCCCGCCCAUGCAGGCCGGGAUGCCUUUGACACCCGUGACCCCCACCAGUCUUCAGCCUCCCCCUCACCACCGUAUCGAGAUUGACCCCAACUUCGAGCCCGUGGCACGCUCGCGCUCCAACACGUGGCCGCUGCCCUGCCCCGAAGGCUACAUGGAAGGGGAAGAGCCCGUGGCGGUCGCCACCGAAGGCCCCGUCCCCGUUGACCAGCCGCGGCCUCCGGGCGCCGUUGGUCCGGGCGACCCUCCGGGCGGCCCGCCCAAGAAGAACACCUCCCGCCGGAACCCCUGGGGCAACAUGUCCUACGCCGACCUCAUCGCACAGGCCAUCAUGUCGUCCCCCGACGGACGCGCCACGCUGUCCCAGAUCUACGACUGGAUGGUGCAGAACGUCCCCUACUUCAAGGACAAGGGCGACUCCAACUCUUCCGCCGGCUGGAAGAACUCCAUCCGCCACAACCUGUCGCUCCACAACCGCUUCAUGCGCGUCCAGAACGAGGGGACAGGCAAGUCCUCCUGGUGGGUCCUCAACCCCGAUGCUAAGCCGGGCAAGUCCACGCGCCGCCGAGCCAACACUAUGGAAGGCGGCCGCUACGAGAAGAAGCGAGGCAGGGUCAAGAAGAAGCUUGAGGCGCUCCGGAACGGCCAGGAGAUGACACCGUCGCCGUCGUCGUCGCUGAGUGAGAGCCUGGACCUGUACCCCGACUCCCCCCACACGCACCCAGUGCACAGCGCGUACAGCCAGCUCUCCCCGCAGGACUACCGACCCAGGGCCUCCUCCAACGCCUCCUCCUGCGGGAGACUGUCCCCCAUCCCCGCGAUAGAGUCCGAUAUGCAUGAUUCACAGGUACCGCCCAUGUCCCCUGGCAUCGGCGGGUGGGGCGGAGAAUACUGGCCCCACCACGCCCACCCUCACCCGCUCGCCCACGACCGGUAUGCCGACCAGUUAGUGGACUCCAUGGGCGAGGGGCUGAAGCUCGGGCCGGACUCCUGGGGCGGCCCAGCACGCCCGCCCAACCCCCAAGACUGUAUGAAGAUGUCCCAGCUGUCGCCGCACGGCCCGCCCACCUCGCACCUGAACGGCUACGUCACCCACCACCACCACAACCACCACCCGCAGGGCUUCAGUAGCUUUGAAGACUUCCGAUUCAACCCCCACAACCCCCACGGGCCGGCCUUCCCCCACCCGCCCGCGCAGCAUCCGCCCACACCCCACCAAGACAAGAUGGCAACGCCCACACGCCCGCAUCCACACAAUAACUACUCCCUGACCAGUCUACAGGCUUUGUCCCCGGCACACAGCGUCCACAGCCUGUCGCCUACGCAGCCCCUGGGGGAGGGGCACUACCCGGGGCCCGGAGGCGAGGCGCACCAGCCCUCCAACUUCCCUUCCCCCCCCACCUCACAGCCACAACACACUCACUCCGCCCACACUGCCCUCUCGGCGUCCAACAGUGAACCCAAUAUGCUCAGGGCAGCAUUAACCCACCGUGAACAGCAGCAGCAGCAACAGCAGCAGCAGCAACAACAACAACAACAGCAGCAACAACAGCAACAGCAGCAGCAGCAGCAGCAGGGCCACAAUAGCAGUCCAGGGAGUGGUAGCGCGGGCGGCGGUGGGCAGGCGGGUCACAACGGAGCGCCCGGUGGUGGGUCUGGUGGUUCUGUGCCGAUGCAGGACUUUGUGGACUUCGACACCCCGAUUCAGGGUGGCUUGGACUGUAACGUAGAGGAGGUGAUCAAGCAUGAGCUACAGGUCGAGGGGAACCUGGACUUCUCCUUCCCACAAGCUCAUCACGGACACCACGCCCACGCACACGCCCAUGCACAUGCCCACGCCCACGCCCAUGGGCACCCCGACACCCCUCAGAUGGCCGUGCCCUCGGGGAUGCCCUACCCAUGCUCGUCCAUCGCAGCCGGGAACCAGUGGGUCCGCUAGAAAGGUGCGAGGAAGACUCGGAGGUCCAGGACCUGAUCGCUAGCAAGAACGCAUCACCAGCACACACAUCGGAUCACCAGCUUGACGGCUUGAAGCUUUCCCAGCCCAUGAAGAGGUUCCCGCCGGGCCGAGGCGGCCUGGGGCGCGGGGCCCGGCGCGCGCCCCGGACCGCGUCCCGAGCGUCGCGGCGGCGAGGCGCUGGGGCCGCCGGCCGCCUCCUCGCCUGCGGGCGGGACGGCGGCGGACCCGGAACGAGCAUGUCGAGCAAAUUUUGUGAUAUUUUAUGCAGAAAAGAUAUAUCCCGGAGCUCGCCAGAGCAGGGCUAUAUGUUUUCUCCCACUAUGACCCAAAGCGAUUUUCCCCUUCGCGCCGGACGGACAGGUCGGCGACAGGUCAGAGACCAGCACCGCCUCGCUGGCGAGGAGGCCUUUCCGCCCCUACGCGCAGGAGGGACGGAAACGGAGAACCUCCCGCCGGCCUCGGGCGGGGCUGGCGCCGCGCAGAUCCUGGCAGUUCGCGAACGCUGACGCGACGUCCUCAUGGGCGCGGAAAGGAAGGGAAAGGAGCCGAUGUGGCCGUCUUAGGCGCUCCCCAAGACGACGUGUGAUGUGUCAACUGCUAAAGACAAUCAAACUAUCAAGAGUUUAUCAAGAAGAAAGUGAAGGUGAUUGUGAUGAAACUCUUUAACCAUAGCGGUGGUUGUGAAGAAGAUAAGUGGAUAACGAUAGGUUUCGAUGAAUAAUAACUUCUGUUGUAAAGAUGUUGUGAUAGAGAUAGUGCUGGAGGCGAGGCUGGGAGAGACAGGACUCGCGCCGGCCGUCUCCAAGCAUGAUGUUCAGUGUGAUAUGCAGGGUUUCCCACCUGCCUGAUGCUGGCGGGCGGCCGACGACUCCUUCGGCGCCACCAGGGAGACAGCCGGGCCGGAAGGACGCGUGAGUCGGGAUUCGGCGUGGAGCUCGUCCUCGCCGGGCUGGGAGAGCCAGGGCGGAGGCGCUCGCCGCCGUUCGCCCGCCGCCGCAGACCGCGCGGGCGGGGCGGCGGGCGUGAGCGCCGGGAGCGGAGCCGACGCAGUGCACGAGGGAACCGGAGUGGCGGAGGAAACUUCCUUGCUCACCCACGCCAAUAUCGCCAGUCGUGGAAAAGUGUCAUGGUGCUUUUCAUACAUUGUAUAAAUUUAAUAGAAUUACAGUUUUAGCAAAUGACCAGCUUAUGUAACGCAGCAAUGAACCUUUGUAUUUUCAUAUGCAGAAAAAAAUGUCUACCCUCAUUUUGUUGUCCACAAAAAUCCGCGCGUUUUUAAUACCAUCAGCCCAGGUCAGUCACGCAGUUAUUAUUUAUCCAAAAGAAGUUUUAGCCUCGCAUAACUGCGCCGUACGAUGAAUGUCCGAGCAAAUAAAGCAGAAGCUUCGAUGUUCUUGCUGCAGAGGCGAAGCGAAACGGGGGUCGAGUGGCAAUUAAUAACUGAUUGUAUCCCUUGAAAAAAAAGACUUUCACACGAAAUACCUGAAGGAGCAGUCAGCCGUGGAGUGAACAGACAUUUUGGUGUGUAAUUUGUUGAACUCUAUUUUACCCGUCGUUCUAUGCUUAAAUGCAACAGUCGAGCUGUAACCAUUAGGCUGGUUCCUAGACGAGGUAAUCUUUUGUUUAUUGGUCAAGCCUCAUUGUUCAUGGUUCAUACGUUCAAGCAUAAAAGUGAAUCGUCAUAAAUGGGACUGACGGAUGGGGCAGCAAACUGCAUGCAUUCUGCUGGCAGGGUAUUCUUUGUGUAGCAUCGCAUGUGGACGUUACGACUCCAACUCUCAAGUAGUUGGUGAACAGCCAGUGGUCGCCUCGUCGGGGGGGCGCUCGGGGAGGAUGACCCGAGCCCCAAGGUCGUCGGCUCGCGGGCGGGUGAGGGCGGUGUGUGCACGGACCUGCUGCGUGCCUCGUGCCUGGAGACCAGAAGACAUCUACGUGUGUUGCACAGCGCUCGCACCGCCGGGGAACCGUUCCCUUGACCAGAGAGAGGGCCAGUUACUUACCCAGGCCAGAUUACUCCACCAAGCCUUCAGGGAGUGAACGCUCGUCCUCACCAAAUACUUGAGAAUUAGGUUACCUGUAUGUGUAAACUCCGCUGGCUGGCGUUUGUACAUAAUAGUUUAUUCCUAUGUACAUACAUUUUUUAUGUCGUAGGUCUUACUAGAAACAGAGCCUUGAAGCAGUCGGCAGAAUUGUUAGUUUUAUAUUGUAGUUCCGACUGGUUUAUAAUGUCACAAUCACGUAUGGACGUAGAUCCCUUUUACUGUCUGGUUCAUGUAUUGAAAUUAAGAUUCUUUACGCUGGUUCUUGUUUCGUACGUGGCGCCAGAGUCUUUAUCCUGGUUCAUCUAUGAUACUAAUAUUCAUAAUGCUGGUGCGCGUGCGGUGCCGAAUUCGCUACGCAGAUUCGUCUUCAGAGAUCGGGAGUUGCUGCGGUUGGCCCGCCGUCGUCGGAGGGCGGCGCCAGGGGCAGGAGCCGGCCGGGGGACGUCCCCUCGGGCGCCGGGAGGCCAGGCCGCCGGCGUCGCGAAGGGCGGACUCGCGGACCCGGGCUCGUGUGCGCGACGGAGGCCCGGGCGACGAAGGGGGGCGGAGGCAGGGUGCGGGGUCGUCGGCCGAGGGCGGCGAGGGCGGCGAGGGCGGGCGGGCGGGGUCGGAAUUGUUAUGCAGUUGUUGAUGAAUGGAAACGGGGUCUUCGGUGCUUCGAUUAAACACUUACUCUUUCUCGUUUCUUGCUUCCUGAGCUUUUUUAGCUUCCUAUCAUUUCUUUUGUGUUAUUUUCAAGGUGGUGUAGAUGCAUGACGCUUGGCAAAUUGUUCUAACACACACACACACACACACACACACACACACACACACACACACACAACACACACACACACACACAACACACACACACACACACACACACACACACACACACACACACACUUGCACAUCAUAUACACAUACACAUACAGUACACACACAUGCAUAUAUAUACAUAUACAUAUACAAAUACAUAUAAAUCACACACACACAUACGCACACAUAUAACCACGUCUUCAAUUAAUUCGUAAAACUGAUUUGCUUUCGAUUGUUGGCCGAGUAAAUGGUAAAAACUUUUUCGUUAAGACAAAGAGUCAAGCAUGACGAAUUGAAAAAAUAUAUAUACAGUUUAUUCGUACGAGUUAAAAUUAAAUUUUGUUACAAAUCAGAUUAGCAAUUGUUACGCUCAUUCUUUAUUAAAUUAAUUCAGAUAACCACAAAAUUUGGUUCAUUUUCCCCAAAAAUUAUUAGUCGUCUUGAGCGUCUAACACCACUCGUCAUCUUUCUCGUUUUUUUUGUUCUUCCUUUUCUUCCUAAACAAUAAGGGCAAGAAUAAUGAAAUACGUAUUUUCAUCUUACAAAAUGCGAAAAUAAUCUCAGCCUAAAAAACAAUCAAUAUUUGCAAAUUUGUGAAUCAACACGAAAAUGAAAAUUGUAAAAGCAUUCUUGGCAAAGACGUGAGUGAGGAUUUUUUUUUUUAAAAUGUGAUCUUUUAGGAUAAUUUAAUACGAUGAAAAUGAGUUUAUAUUCUAAGCUUAAAUUUUAUGGAAAGAAAAGAAUACAUUUUGUCCCAUUCAAUGCAGGACUGAAAAAAAUGUCACUGUUUAAAGCAACGGUUUGAUUAUAUAUAUUUUUCUACCAAAAGAUAUAUCUAAAUUUCCCUCGUGCGAUAUCAUAAUCUCUUCUUGCAAAAUUCCAGUACGAGUUGCUAUUAAAACAUUAAAACAUGCCCCGUACGCUAAUGUUUAUCCAUUUAAAAAAAGAUAUAUAUAUGGAUUUGUUAGUAUUUGUUUGCGAGAGAGAGAGAGAGAGAGAGAGCGAGAGCGAGCGUAGCCUGAAAUAGAUCUCAGGUGAAGUGGUUUCACAUUUGGUAAUUUGAGAAAUAUAUGUGUUAUAACGGCAAGGUUGUGAUGAGGAGACAAGGCCACGUAGCCCGGAGAGGUCGCUAGAUAAACACCGUAGCAUAGUUUUUACUAUACAGAGCUUGUACGUUAGUUCCUCUGUGCAGUUCGUUUUUUGAGUUCCAUGGAGAAUAUUGUAUUCCUUGUUGUAUAUAGUGUAUAGGAUUUUAUGUCAUCAAGUACCAAAAUGACGAAGCAUCGCCGUCUGUGAGAUUGGGAGCGUUGUGUCGUAGGCUACACCGGAGAUUUUAUAUUUUCUGUACUUAAUUUAAGUUAACUGUAAGCGCGGCGUGGUCGUCAUUUUGGUUUGCAAUGUAAGGACUUGCGCGAUUGGCUUCCUUUUUUUUUAAUGAUGGAAAUCUAUGAUCGAAGACUCGACUCACCGUUCAUAUGCAUAAUGUGAUCGGCUCGUGGAAGCUUUGUGAAUGGUGGUAUAGACAGGGUAUCCAGUAUAGCCCCUGACACAUUGUAGCUUGUCCGCGGCCGAGGCUCGUCCGGCCGGCGGGCCACGGCGGCCGGCGCGAGCUCUCGGCUGCGGCGCCACAACUAGGGAUUUCUUGAAGCGGCCGGUCGGCUCGGCUGGCGGACUUUUGGCGGGAAAAUGUUAAAAUUUGAAUAUCUUUUGUUGUCAGUGUUGUCAAUGAUCUCUAUAUUACCUUGUUAUGUUGCACAGCGCAAAUGAUUUAUCUUUAUUAAGUUUUGCAUAUUCUGAGUUAGCAUGAGAAGGAUGUGUCGACUGAGACAGUUUUGGAGAAGUGAAGGUAUGCGAAAGACUUCUAAGAGAAUGGUGUAGAAUGUGAUCGGGAAGGAAAGUGAACCGGAGGAGGAAAGUCUAACUUAACAUUGGUGUCUUAAAAUGUCAAGUCUUCACCCCAUGAGGCUACGAUCACCGCACUGUAGCGGCAAGAUCUCAGGUUACACAUCAAAGCAGGAUGAAUUACUCUGUUGUGUAAGAUAUUGGCAUAGAUUUACACACACACACACAUAACCAAUAACCUGUAAUAUAUAUGGAUAAUCUAUGGAAACACGUUGUCUUUUUUAAAUCGAUAUUUGGUACAUACACAAAUAUAUAUGUUAUAAAUGUAAAAUGAAAUCUGAUAUGUGAAUCAGUUCGAGUUGUAAUAUUCCAAACUGAUAAAUGUGGUACAAAAGGGACACGUAGAGAGUGGUAGUGAUGAAGGAAAGAGAAUGGUGAGGACUGUGUAGCUUUCGAUGUUGUCAUCUGUUGACUGUACAUGCAGCCAAACAAUAAAAUGUAUGAAGUAAU